CGCGCCGGUGCCUGCCCGGGGCAGCCAUGGCGGCGGCAGUGAUCGGGCGGGCGGCGGGCUGCGCGGGGCUGCGGCGGGCGCGGCGGCUGCAGGCGCUGGGGCUGCGGCGGCGGGGCUGCGCGGGGCUGGCGGUGGACGACACGGUGAACGGGCUGAGCGACGAGCAGCGGCAGCUUAGACAGACCAUGACAAAGUUCUGUCAAGAGCAUUUGGCUCCAAAGGCCCAACAGAUUGACCAGGAAAAUGAAUUCAAAGGCAUGCGGGAAUUUUGGAAGAAACUCGGGGAACUGGGCGUUCUGGGGAUCACGGCUCCUGCGGAAUAUGGUGGAUCUGCUUUGGGGUAUCUGGACCAUGUGCUGGUGAUGGAGGAAAUUUCUCGUGCAUCAGCAGCUGUCGGGCUUAGUUACGGUGCCCACUCAAACCUCUGUAUCAACCAGCUAGUGCGUAACGGCAACGAGGCCCAGAAAAACAAGUACUUACCCAAGCUAAUUAGUGGGGAGCACAUUGGAGCCUUAGCAAUGAGCGAACCUAAUGCUGGAUCUGAUGUCGUGUCCAUGAAGCUGAAAGCAGAUAAGAAAGGAGACUACUUUGUUUUGAAUGGGAACAAAUUUUGGAUCACCAAUGGACCAGAUGCAGAUGUGCUCAUUGUUUAUGCUAAAACUGAUGUUAAUGCUGUUCCAGCCUCCCGAGGUAUAACUGCAUUCAUUGUGGAGCGGGGAAUGCCAGGUUUCAGCACAGCCCAGAAGCUCGAUAAGCUGGGAAUGCGAGGGUCUAAUACCUGUGAAUUAAUCUUUGAAGACUGCAAGAUCCCAGCUGAAAAUAUCUUGGGGACACUGAGCAAAGGAGUCUAUGUUCUGAUGAGUGGAUUGGACCUGGAGAGACUUGUGCUAUCUGGUGGCCCACUGGGGCUCAUGCAAGCUGUUCUUGACCAUGCAAUUCCAUACCUACAUGUAAGAGAAGCAUUUGGACAGAAAAUUGGCCACUUCCAGCUCAUGCAGGGCAAAAUGGCCGAUAUGUACACGCGGCUGAUGGCAUGUCGGCAGUACGUCUACAACGUGGCAAAGGCCUGUGACCAGGGCCAUUUCAAUGCAAAGGACUGUGCUGGAGUGAUCCUGUAUUCAGCAGAGUGUGCUACCCAGGUGGCGCUGGAUGGGAUCCAGUGUCUGGGCGGGAACGGUUACAUCAACGACUAUCCGAUGGGGCGUUUCCUGCGGGAUGCCAAGCUCUACGAGAUAGGGGCAGGCACCAGUGAAGUGCGCAGGCUUAUCAUCGGCAGGGCCUUCAAUGCCACUUUCAAGUAACGUCCGCCGGUGGAGCGGCAGUACCCUGACCACCAUGAGGCCUUUGCCUGCACAGGCUGGAGCGCAAAGCUCCUUCUCUCCUUGCUUCUGAUUCUGGGAUCGUCGCUUGCAGACUCUCUUCUCCCUGCUCUGUGAACAGAUGCUGCUGGACUGGGCUUUGACAAAAUGAGUCACAUGGUAGCAUGGAAGGAAAAAAUGUUUUUUCUCUUCUUGUGAUCAUCCUGAUUCAUCCUGUUCAUGAGCCAUCCUGAUUCUCAGCGUUACAGGGCUGAGGUUCACCCAGGGGACGUAUCACCAUUGAAGCAGGCUGGUGAGCAGUGUGCCUUUGCUGAGCACAGAAAGUCACCCUCCCUUAAAGGAAAAGGGCAGUGAAGGAACAAUUUCGUUCUUUAAAAAAAAAAAACCAGAAACCAACACCAGAGUUCCAUUACAUAGCUAGCAUUUAGUGUAUUACCACUGGAAGGUGAAAUUUCCCAUUGUGACCUUCUGAUGGGAUUAAUAACUUCCAUUUUGGGAACCUGGCACCAACCGCAUCAUGGGGGUGGCUGUCAUGAACCCUCUAAGCAUCAUCGAUGCACAAGCAGUGUUUUGGGUGAUGAUUCCUAAAACCUCGUUAAAAUGCCACAUCUGUUUCUUUGCAUACUUCCUUUCCUGUUCCUGCUGCUUCUCAAGACAUUUCAGUGCAGCCCCAAGUCUUUGCUGCUCUGAUUGACUGCCUCCCGCGGUGUUAUUCAUCCAGAGGUGUCGCCAUCCAUCAUUCUGGGAACAGUUAAAAUGUCAGACCUGUAUUGUGACAUCCAUGAAUGAAGCAGGCAGGAGGAGGCUGACUUUUUGGGUUGGGGUUAUUUGUUGAUUUGUGGGUUUUUUUUUUUUCCCCAAAGGUUGUUCUUUUGCCAAAAGCAUGUACUCACACUCCACCUUUGGUUGGCUAGAGAAGUCAGAGCGAGUGCAGCAGUAUUUGUGGGUGUUUUCGGUUCAUAUUAUAUACAGCAAAUUCAAGUUUACCUAGCUUUAUUAAAGAAAAUUGCACAGAAUAAUGCAAGCCUUAAAGGAUGAAUCACACAGAAAAAUUGGAUGUUGUAAAUAUGACAGAACAGUUAAUUAAACAGUUGCCAUGCAGGCAACAUCCCAGCAGUUUUAACAAAAAAGA